AUGUGCCCUGCGUCUCCGCCAGUUCGGAGCACGGUGGUCGACUGCAACAAGGCCAUCGCCAGCUUCCGGAGGUCCAGAAACUGGACGCAAGGCAUCUUCCUACUGGCGGAGAUGGAGAGAAAGCAGCUGGAGCCUGACAUCUUCACAUAUAACACUGAACUCAGCCUCUUCGGAGGUGCCAACUCCAACUCCGACUGGCCGCAGAUGACUCUGCUGUUGUCUGAGAUGCCAUCGAAGCUGAUUCGCGCAGAUGUCAUAUCGCUCGGGUCGAGCCUGCUGGCUUUUGAACUUUGCUGGAGCAGGGCGGUUCAGCAGAUCCGUCGAAGUCAAGUCCACGCAGUAUUGCCCAAUCUCAUAACUUACAAUGCAACUUCUACCGCUUGUGCAAAAGCAUCCGAUUGGCAGCGUGCCUCGCAGCUGCUAGGCAGUUUAAGAUGCCUGCAUGCAGUGCCAGACAUUGUCACCUGGAACUCCUUGUGCGAUGCAUGCGACAAGGGGGCGGCUUGGCUGCAGGCUUGGGUCUUUCUCCUUGAGGCACGUCGCUCGGCCGCGAGCCCAGACGUAGUCACCUAUAGCUCCGCCGUCAGCGCCACUGGGAGAGCCUCCGCAUGGAUGCAUGCAGCUCAGCUGUCUGCAGACAUGGCGCGGGAUCAGCUGGAGCCCAACCUGAUCACCUACAACGCCUCCAGCAGCGCCUGCGAGAGGGCAGGCCAAUGGGAGAGGACCUUGGAGGUUAUCUCUAUGGCCGACUUCAGUCAUCCGCCGGCUGACAUCAUCUCCUACAACUCGGCUGUCAGCGCCUGCGCUCCCGAGGGAAAGUGGCAGCUGGCUCGGCUCUUGCUUCGCAGAGGCCUUCAGCUGCUACUGGGCUUUGGAGUAUCAUACUUUAAUACUUUUUUUCUUUAUGGAACCAUUAUGAAAUAA